GAUGGGUGAUGAAGAAGGAAGGCUGCAAUGGUGUGUGUUAAGAAUAGUAGUUCAUGUCGAAUGAUAGUGUCAUGUAUUAUACUGUAUUGUUUUAUUUUAUUAACGAAUGCGAAUGAAUUUGUAAGAAAGCUGAGUAUGUUUCAUAAUCCAGGAUGUGAACACCCAAUAAAUUGCAGCUCUUUUAAAGUAGGAUAUGUGAAAGCUGAAGGGCCAAAUGACACCUUGCAUUACUUGUGGGACUUCACACAAAAGCCAUCAAUUCUCGUGGCGGCAGCACCUGCAGGAUCAAAUUUGACCAUUUCUUGGAGUCAGUUUAAAGCGGGAAAUAACAAGUCCAUAAUGUUUAGUGAAGAGCCUGUAUACAGUUUUGGUAUUGUAUUGGACAGGAUCUGGGAGUACAAUGACGUAAAUGACAGCGGUUUAAUGGACCGUAAAAAUAAAAACAGCAGUUAUGUCAGAGCACUUGACAUGGAGAACUUUAACUGGACCCUGUCAGAUUUCGCAAAUGAGAGUAUGGACACUGUUGACCUUAAGGUUGAGUCGUCUUCAUUCACUUCAAAGAAUUCAAAUGCUCUCAUCAGUGGAAGCAUCAGAUUUGUGCUGAGUGCGUUUAGCUUUCGUGAUCAUUUUGGAGAACUUCCUCACCUCUUGCAUUCAGCAAACAGCACUCAGGUUGACCUGGUGCUUGACAAGCUGAAAACAAACUCCAGUUUCUCAAAUUCUCGAUUUGCUCUGGAGGUUCUAAUUGCAAGCAGUGACAAGGUUAAUAGUACAGCUUCCAUUGUGUCACAAAAAAGCUUGGAUGAUGAAUACAGCCCUGGAGUUUUUACGUUGGUCCAUCUUCAGACUCCAAUGGCUGAGUUAGGGAAGGGUGGGUAUUUGCAGUGGAGACCAGUGGCUUAUGUUGCCAAGGAACGGGAUAUCUCAUAUUCCACUGAAACAAGCUCAUAUGGAGUGACAAAUGUUAAGAAUCGUAACGCACGUCUGAACCACACGCUUCUUUAUGCCUACUACUGCUCUCAUUUGGAUAACCUCCUUGUGCAGUCAACCAUAGUAUCAUUUGGUCUUAAAGAAGAUGGCUUCUAUAAGAAAACAAAUUAUACUUCAUGGACAUUUGUGGUGGGUUAUGGGACACCUCCUAAUGAAGACUUCUCACUUCUCGUAAUAUUCGUCAUCAGCAUCGGUCUAGGCUUGCCUGCAUUGCUGAUUAUCAUCAGCGGAAUAGUCGUGGCUGUACGAAGGAUCUCUCAGAAGAAGGACGACCUCUUCCUAAACAGAUAAUUGUUGUGUUAUAUUUAGUUAUCUUGCCAGUCUCCUGUGUGUUUUGAUAUACUCACUGUUGAACAUUCCAGGAUUAAUUUCCAGGCUGAGGUGCAAUAUUUGAUAUACCUAGUCAUAAAGUAUGCAGCGGGAAUUGUUUCCGUAUGUGGCAAGAAAGAAGUACAUGAAAGGAAAUGCGAAAGGCAUCAUAAAUGAAGGUAUUUGCUUAAAACUGAAAUAAGCAUUUCGCUCCUUUAAAUACUCAUGCAGAAUUUAAAAAAAAAACAGUACAGUGGAUAGACAAUGCGGUCACAGCAUAAUUCACUGCAUAUUAGGAUUUGUUUCUGCUUUUGACGUUAUAACCAUGGGAGUGCACAGUAUUUUUAGUUGUGUUGUAGAGAUCAAAGACCAGGUGUCUCAUGUAUGUCCAUAUUUGUGAUUACAGCUUAUUAUUUUAAAAAUGUUGUUUCCCCCUACUGAAAGUUAUGUGCUGCAAUAUAUGUGUUAUCUACAGAUACUGGUACAAGUUGCAUUUAAUUUGUAAGCAUGUUAUUAUAAGGGAUGAGUUUCCUAAAGGAAAGAAACAAACCAAACUGGAAACGGUACUGGAUUAGCUGAAACAAGUCUUCUCCGUGAAGUGACACAUUCAUCUACUGCUGCCAAAAUUCUGAUUGAUCUAAGUAGGUAAGUUAGACUGCGUGAUGUUGUUCAUAUUCCAUUUCAGAAUGUUAUAGAUAAUGACCUUGCUGGAAAUCAGCCCUGAUGAUACCAUUUAUAUUGCAGAUUUUGAUUAGGGAAUUAAAUGUGUGGAAAAUACAUAUGCAUUUACCUUAUGUUUUAGCACAAAUAAGAGAAUAAAUGUGUGUUGAGUAUUUUAAGUAGUUUUAGGGACAAUACAUUGUGUAAUGUUUGAUUUUGUCUCAAGAGUAUGUGGUCCACUGGCACAUGUGAAGCAGUGCACAGACCCAUGCAUUGUCCAAUAAGAAAGGCGUAAACUAUGUGUUCAAAGUGCGUUCUGAAAGAUGAAUCAUCAUCUCACGGUGUUACUAGUCAAACUGUGUCAGAUAUGGCAGUCUGUAGAUAACACUGGUAAUGACCAAGCAUGGAUGUGAGAAAUGUUGUAGGACUAAGGCUUUUGUUCACAAUAUUUAGUAUGUGAUUCAUGUUCUUUGUUUUUAUAUUUGUCCAUAAGUUUCCUGUUGGAAAAUUAGGUCUCAGGAUUGAUAAGGCCUCUCAUACUAGUGCAGUUAGUUAGUGAAGUGUGGUUUAUUUUCAAGUCAUGAUUUCAUUACAUUCUCUUGAUUUGAUUUGGGGCAUUAACAGAAUAUCUUAAUUUUAAUUUCCCGUUUUAUGUACCAUAAAUAAGCUACCUUGUUCUGUCCUUUCUGUAUAUGCAACUGUUAAUUUUGGCAUUUUAUUAGUUCCUCUGAUUGUAAGAAGUAGAAUAUGUCAUGUCUCAGUCUGCAUGGUUUAUUUCCCAUAUUAAUUGCAAAUUUUACACAAAGCUCAUCUGUACAAUUAUAUAGAGUGUACACUUUUCAUGCACAUUCAGCAGAAGUAAUUAUAAAUGUCAUGACACAUUAAUUCUGUUGAAGUUAUUUAUAAAAGAACUAAAACGAAUGUGACAAAGGGAAGUGAUUAGUUCUGGGGUGCCUUAUUUUAUAAAAUGGAUGGAUCCUAGUGCAAAAUAUAUGUAGAAAAUUACUUCUGAUGCACUAGUUUGGCCUUCAGUAGAUUAAGAUUACCUAUAUAUAAACAUGUAUGUAUAAUUGUAAAAUACAUGCAACUAAGUGCAUAGAUUUUGAUAAUAAAUAAAAAAACAUUGCCCUUAUAGCA